UCCAGACAGGGCGGACAGUGGUUAACUUUUGUUGUGAAGCCGUUCAGCGCGGCUCGUGUUGGGUGUUUUUGUUGCUGUUGAACCCAGCUCGUCAUGUCGGACACAUGGAGCAACAUCCAGGCGCACAAGAAGCAGCUGGACUCCCUGCGGGAGAGGCUGCAGCGGCGACGGAAAGACCCAGCACAACUGUCCACGGAAGGUGGAGGCAGCACAGACAGUUCAACAGCCAGGAGUGACAGCCCGGCACCGUCAGCUCCAUUCACCUCUCAGGAGGAGACAGAAAAACCACCAGACCCCGAACUGGAGAAGAGGCUGCUGGGAUAUCUAUCUGAUCUGAGCCUGUCAAUGCCUACAGACUCUCUCGCAAUCACAAAUGAACUCAUCAGUUCGGAAUCCGCUGUCAGUCACGGGUGCAUCCAGAGUCUGUUGCUUAAAUUCUCAGCUCAGGAGCUCAUCGAGGUUCGGCAGUCUACCUCAGCUUCUUCUUCUACAACUUCCUCCUCUGCCUCCUCCUCCACAGUCGUCGUAGCCGUGGACCACACAAAAUUAUGGGCUAUGAUCGGGUCUGGGGCUGGAGCCCAAAGGACUGGAGUCAAGAGAAAAGCAGAAGACCAAAGCCACAACAAAAGAGCUGCAGGCUUCUCACCCUCACUACAGAGCUCUGCUUCCCCGCCACACUCGUCCACCACCUCUCUGACACCGGCUUCCUCCUCAACGCUGGCGGGGCCCUCAGCGUCAGGGAGUGGGGCUGAGAAGAAGGGUAGGAGUAGUAAAAGCCAGUCGUCUCACGUGGACAUGGAGAUCGAGAGCCUCUUGAACCAACAGUCCACGAAGGAGCAGCAGAGCAAGAAGGUUAGCAGAGAGAUUCUGGAGCUGCUGAACGCCAGCACAGCCAAGGAGCAGUCCAUCGUAGAAAAGUUCCGGUCUCGCGGCCGAGCUCAGGUUCAAGAGUUCUGUGACCACGGGACCAAAGAGGAGUGUAUACGCUCUGGGGACACACCGCAGCCCUGCACCAAGUUACACUUCCGUCGCAUCAUCAACAAGCACACAGACGAGAGCCUCGGAGACUGCUCCUUCCUCAACACCUGUUUCCACAUGGACACCUGCAAAUACGUCCACUAUGAGAUCGACAGCCCUCCAGAGACUGAGGGGAGCCUGCUGGGCCCCCAGGCGGGGACCGCAGAGCUCGGCCUCCGCGCGGGGGACGCCGACAGCAACGUGGGCAAGCUGUUCCCUUCACAGUGGAUCUGCUGUGAUAUCCGCUACUUGGACGUUUCCAUCCUGGGUAAGUUUGCUGUGGUGAUGGCCGACCCUCCCUGGGACAUCCACAUGGAGCUGCCCUAUGGUACACUGACUGAUGACGAGAUGAGAAAACUCAACAUCCCCAUCCUGCAGGACGAUGGUUUCCUCUUCCUCUGGGUCACCGGCAGGGCUAUGGAGUUGGGCAGAGAGUGCCUCAGUCUCUGGGGUUACGAGCGCGUCGAUGAAAUCAUAUGGGUGAAAACCAACCAGCUUCAGAGAAUCAUCCGCACUGGGAGGACAGGCCACUGGCUGAACCACGGGAAGGAGCACUGCCUGGUGGGGGUAAAAGGAAACCCUCAGGGAUUCAACAGAGGUUUGGACUGCGAUGUCAUUGUGGCCGAGGUCCGCUCCACCAGUCACAAACCAGAUGAAAUCUAUGGCAUGAUAGAGAGGCUCUCGCCAGGCACCAGGAAGAUUGAGCUGUUUGGUCGACCGCACAACGUCCAGCCCAACUGGAUAACUCUUGGAAACCAGCUCGAUGGCAUUCACCUUUUGGAUCCCGAGGUCGUGGCUCGGUUCAAGAAGCGUUAUCCGGACGGCGUCAUCUCCAAACCCAAAAACAUGCAGUGAUGAGCUCAUCGGUGGUAACAGGU